CUUUUUCCAUGUGACAAGGAACGAGAGUAUAUAGGCUGUGGACUUGAAAAUGCAAACUACAACUGUUGCAACAUCAGUCAUCCUUACUUACAUUAUCAUACAUGUGGAUGAUUAUAUCUGGAACACGGGACACAACUCAAAAGUGACGAUUGUUAUGUCAGAUAUCAACAAAUCCAUGAUGGAAAACUAUAACAAAAGUUUAAAAGAUAUCUCAGAAAAAUGUGAAAUAAACUUCCAUAUAACAGAAGAAAAAAUGAGCAAAUUUGACAUAAGCUACAACUCUGAAAGUAAAAAACUACAGAAUAACUAUGAAAAAUGUAUGGAAAAGUAUAACAGAUGCGAAAUGGUUGUGAAUAAAACACUAGUGGAAUCAGCCAAACAAAUAGACAAAACCAUGAAGGAUUUAGAAACCGUCAAGAUAAAACAGGAAUAUGACAGAAAAACACAGUUAGAUCCAGAAUUGAUGCUGCUGUCCGUGUUUUUGCUGGGGAUAGGAGAAUUUGUGGUGUUCAUGCUCCUCUUGAAUGCACUAAAAAAACUAAAUGCACUAAAAGGACAAUCAAGAUCUGCAGAAAUGACACAGAAUUUAAAUGCAAUAACACCUCGAACAAACUGGUUCAGAACAAAUGGAAAGGAUUCCUUUGAGCUAGAAAGAUCUGUUGCCAUUGUCAGUUUCAAUGACAAUCGACACACAGAACAUCAAAAUUUAAUGAAGGACAUUACAGCAAACAUUGAAACUCAGUCUCUGUGUAUCACUAAAGAGGAUCAGGCAUUACAAAUCAAAUCAAAGGUGUCAGUGUUAUUUGUGGAGAGAAAUGACCGUCACAUAAUUUUAGAAUCGGAACAUGAAGUUGGUGACCUUAAAGUGAGUUGUGUUAGACACAUCAUAAAAAAAGGAGGUAAAGUGAUCAUCGUCUAUUGUGGACACAAAGAGUCAGAAGACAUGGGAGAUAACCUGUGUAGUGAAAAGUUAACAUCUGCAAACAGACAUGAAGAACUGAGAUCAUUGAAAAAUGAAGGUUGUUUCCUCAGUAUUUACAAAGCCUUCUCUAACAAACAAAAGGAGCAUUUAAAAGCUAAACUGAAGAAAUAUUUAGGAUAGAUUUUACAGUGUAGUUAGGCAGAAAUGAGAAUUUUUACAUGCCUAAUUUGGAACUUUUCUGUUAGAAAGAAUUUUGUAUCUUUCAAAAUUUUUUAAUGAUAGAGUGUUUUACAUUAUGAAAUAAAUGUGACAGGAAAAAGACUAGGUGUAAAACAAGAAUUGUGUGUAUGGUCAAUUGAAAGAUAGAAUUUUCAAGAUUUUUGAAACAUUGAAUUUUUUAAGAUUGCUUCCCUUAUUUUUAAUUUUGUUACCUAUAUUCUCAUCAAUCACUGUUCAGUUUGUGCCAUAUGGGAUUUGUAUUUUGAUGGGGUUUUUUUUCCAGCCUUCUUCCUUGAAAUGGUUGAAUACAUAGCAAUAAAACAAAAGUAAAGCAA